AUGAAAGACUUGAAUGCUGAAUUUGCACUAAAAACCUUAGGGUCUCUGCAGUAUUUCUUGGGUUUGGCAGCAACUAGAACUCCAGUUGGAAUUCAUCUCAAACAAACUAAGUAUGCAACUGAUUUAUUUGUGAAGACCAAUAUGCUUGAAGCUUAUGCUUGUUCAACUCUAAUGGCCGUUGGCACCAAGUUAUGUUCACUUGAUAGUCCAGCCUUUGAACAUCCCAGUUUGUAUAGAAGCACUAUUGGUGCUCUUCAAUAUUUGACCCUCACCCAUCCUGACAUCAGCUUUCCUGUUAACAAGCUUAGUCAACACUUGCAAGCCCUAACAAAUCUGCAGUGGCAAGCAUACAAGAGGAUCCUUCAUUACAUCAAAGGUACUCUCCGUUUUGGACUGCAUUUUAAGCUAGUAGCAUCCUUGCAUAUUGAGUGUUAUGCUAAUGCCGAUUGGGGAAGUAGUCUUGAUGAUCGAAGGUCCACAAGUCGGUGCUGUGUUUUCUUAGGUCCAAAUCUCAUUCAAUGGAGUUCUCACAAGCAAAAAGUGGUAGCAUUAUCCUCAACUGAGGUUGAGUACAAAGCACUUGCCCAAACUGCUAUUGAGGUAGCCUGCAACUGUGUUUCAAAUCUGGAGUGGUAUUUCAAUCUGCAGUUUCAGUAUCUACAACUUGUGUUUCAAGUCUACAGUGCUAUUUUAAAUCUGCAGUGCAUUUCUGAUAUCUGCAGAGCAUUUCUAAUGGUUGAUGAUUUCUUUUCUGAUGACUGCUGUCUUCUUUUUGCUGUUGGAACUGAUAUUUCUGCUGCUUUUGAGAAGUUUCUGAUGACUGAAACUGGCAGUGAAUGCUGCUAA